AUGGCGCAAUCCGCCAAUAUUACUCCCAUGACGAGCACACACCCCGGCCGGCCUAGCAUUUCCGGUGACUCGGAUGCUCAAUUAACGGCCAGACCCAAUUUGCCGCGUGAAGAUGACGGCCAACAGCAUGUUACGGGAGGCUUCCCAAAAUCCCCCAAGCACAAGUUCUCGGACAGCCACAGCAGCUUGUCCUCUUAUACGUCUUCCAACCAGUCUGGAGGCCACUCCAGGAUAUCUUCACUCUCAACAGUUAGCGGUAUCCAGCCGUUCACCUCGCUACUGAAUGAGGUUCCAGCAUUCGACACCAAGCUAGCAGAGCACCAGCAGAACAUGUCCGGUCCGGGCAUGGUUGACAUUCAGCCGCCGUCGCCGAGAACAAUGGCCCAGCACGACCCGAAUCUGGACCCCGCGAUGAAAGGGCCGGGGAGACCAGGCAGCCCAUCAGAUGCGAUACUCAUCACACGAGGCAUGGGUGGCAGUAAUCGGUCCAGUCCGACGGACGGCUUGAGGUACGUGAUGAAGUGA